AUGGCCUCUGAAGCCUCCCUGGAAGAGCUUCAAACAGAAGCCAGUUGCCCCAUUUGCCUAGGCUACCUGACAGAUGCAGUGACCACUGAAUGCGGGCACAACCUGUGUCGUUCUUGCAUCUACCAGCACUGGAAAGAUCUACAGGAUGUCUUCCCCUGUCCUGUCUGUCUCCACCACUGCCUUGACAAGAAGCUCAAGGGCAACCCGCAGUUAUGUAACAUGGCUGAUAUUGUCAUGCAGCUGCCCGACACCAGAAGUAAGAGGAGACCCCUGUGUGAGAAGCACAGUGAGGUUCUGGACUUGUUCUGCGAGGAGGACCUGGAGUUGUUGUGUCCCCAGUGCAGGGUUUCCUCCAACCACCAGGAUCACUGCCUGAGGCCCAUUGAUCAAGCUGCAACUCGUCACAGGAGUAAGCUCAAGAACUACAUUAAGCUCCUCAGGGAGCAAGUUGAAGAUGCUGAAAUGGGGUGUGAAGUACAAGUUUCAAAAUCCAUUAAACUGAGAUGGGAGAUGGGAAAUUGGAAGAGGGAAUUAUACCAUGAAUUUGAAGAACUUAAACACUUCUUAGGAAAGGAACAAGGUAUAUUACAGGUCAGGUUACAUACACAAGAGAAGAUUAUGGCAGAAAAAUUAGUUAAAAACAAAAGCCAAAUUUCAGCCCACAUAGGCACACUAAAAAGUUUAUUAAGUGAAAUAAGAGAGACGUGUACACAAGCAGACCUGGAUUUACUGAGAGGUAUUAGAAGCAUAAACAGCAGGUACACCGACAUAAAACCCCCAGCAGUUUUUUCAUAUGAAUUAAAGACAGAGAAUUAUCAUCCCCCUCCACAUUAUUUUGGUCUGCAAAAAAUGAUCAGCACAUUUCAGGUAGAUUUGACUUUAGAUUCUCAAACCUCCCACCCUAACCUUGUUAUCUCAGCAGAUGGGAAGAGUGUGAAAUGUGAAAUGAAGAACUCAAGCCAUUUACCUCUUCAGCCAGCCACUUUUUAUGCAGUUGUCUGGAGUUAUGAGCGAUUUGGAAGUGGGAGACAUUUUUGGCAAGUAGAAGUGAGAGGCACAGGUGAAUGGUCCUUAGGCGUGUGUAGAGAAUCCUUCACCACAAAAGGUUUUGUAUCAGUUUGUCCCAGCAAUGAUUGCUGGCAAGUUGGGCAGUCCACAAAUGAAUGGCAGUCAGCACAAGUCAAGCGGGUUGGAGUUUUUCUGGAUUACGAGUUGGGAGAGGUUUCAUUUUAUAAUUUGAAUAGCAGAUCAUGUUUGUGUAAUUUCACUGAAAACUUUAGAGAAACACUUGUGCCUUUUUUCUCUAUUGAAAGUUCCUCAAAGUCUCUGACAAUCACUCUUGUCAGAGAAGAGUGA